AUGGAGUCGGGACGUGUGAGCCUCGCGAAAGGAGAGACCCUCGGUCGCCUGUCCUUCCAGGAUCGGGACGAAAAAGUUCGUGUAAAGGAGAAUGGAGUUGAGAUAGGAAGCAAAUAUACUGCUCUAUCUCAGCACCGCAACCUUUAUUUUGUGGCCUUUGGACAUCAGAUUUACGUAUAUCAGCCUCCUAGUCGCGAUCGCGUGCUUGCACCUAAGCCCAAAAUGAUAAUAACACCGAUAGCUAAAAAUCCCACUGCUCCUGGUUACAUCACCCGGCACAACCCUCAUAUUAUUAACGUCAUUCGUGUUGAGGAUCUCGGACAUGAGGAGAUACUACUUCUUGCCACUGAUUCGGGUAACAUUGCGGCCUAUCGGACUGAACGUAUAUUUGCGGUCAUCGAAGAAGCCAGGGUGACUGGGAAUGACCAGCCGACAGAACUUGGUGAACUUGUUGACUGCUUUUUUAGUGAUUGGGUAGGCCAAAGUGCUUGGGGCCUUGCGAUCCACAAGACUGCCAGAAUGAUUGCAGUAAGCUCCAAUUCCUGGUGUAUUACUGUUUUCGCUUUCGCGUUGGUGGAUGAUGCGUCCGUUGCGAGUGAUGCUGCGAAGAGUUUAGGCACUCCGCAGUCUUCACCCACAGCUCGUCAAUCCUUAGAGUGGACGAAUGUGAGUUCAGAGUCACAGUAUAACAUACUCCGGCGAAUAAAGCCAGAAAAGCGGCGGGCCUAUAACAUUCGGUUCACUUUAGUUGGCCACAAAAAGAAUAUUCCAAACAUUGACUUUUUAAACUCUGAUCUUGAUCCCGACGGUGAUUGGUUGAUUAGCACCGACAUCGGUAACAAACUUAUGAUGUUCAAUAUCUGGGAAUAUCCCACUCCGGUGAGAGUCAUCGACAUUCAGCAGGACCCACCAAAUCAUCCGGGUCGUUCACAUGAGAACCGCCAACUUGGGUGGAGUGUUCUGGCUCUUGAUCCACAGGAGCCUCUACAUCCUGAUGAUGUCGCUGAUGAAUCAGACGAUUUAUCAGACGAAACAUUUUCACUAGGAUCUGAUAUCCCUGCUUCGUUAGACUCGCCCAUGGCCGCCGACGAAACGGUUCUGAAUCACUUCUCACCUUGCUGUCCAAUGUAUCCUGGUGAAGGGAAGGAGUAUGGGAAUAAUCAGAAGCCUUUUGGAAAUCUUGAGAGCGAGCAAAAUAUAUGUUUAGAUAGAGGUAAUGAGGACGAGAAUGAUGCGCAACUUCAUAAUUUACUUCAAGAGUCGAUUUCAGACUCAAUGGAGGAUACCCCUUGGAAUAGCGACCUCAAUCGCCUUCCAGGGUCAUGGCCUUCUCUCCAUGGUGACCCGACAGGUCUGGUAACUGACCCUGAGCUGGCUGAUGAUCUUAUUCUUUCUGUAAUUGACACCACCGAAGAUAUUCCUAGUAAUACAAAUGACUCUGACAUCCAAGAGGAUGACGGAGACGAUGGCGAUGAAUAUUUGGAUCACGCGGAUGAAGAAGACGAGGAAGAGGUCGAAGAAGAGGAAGAGGAAGAGCAUGAGGAUACCCAAAGUGACGAAGAAGUGUACAACUACGAAUACGCUGCCUUCCAAUACGGCGGGAGCAAUGGCGACAGCUCCCUUUUUGAAAGUCUUCAGCAACAUAACCAGGGUGGAGACUCUAUCGACCCACUCUUCCCCGAUAUUUCGGACUGGCUUUCCGACACCGAAGAUCCGGAGCCACUUAAACCCUUAUUCGCAGAUUUCCCCAUUCUUCAUUUCACUCAAACCUCAGUCCGCAUGUUCCCUCAUCCAUUUGCCAAAAAGUCCACUGUCAUCCUCCGCGAUGCGCUGACCCAAGAUCUCAUCAACAUCCCCCUGGAUCUUGACAUGGUCGAUCGUUUUAACAUUGUCCACCAGAUCCCGGAACUUGGCAUCGUCCUGGCAGCUUCGCAAAAGGGGCGGGUCGGAAUAUUCUCUCUGACCGAAUAUCCUGAUGGCAUGGCUUUUAGGCUCGACCAUGUCAUUCCAUCUGAAAGUCAAGAGCGACAGAGAGCCAGACCUUUCGUUCAACUUGCGGGAAUGGCAAUAGGCCCUGUGGAAAGCCAUCUCAUUCCUCUCGACGAGAGCAGCUACUCUACGUCCUCCUCUCCACUAACAGAAGACAACCACACUACUUCUGCUAGGCAGUCACAUCAUUCAUACCACAGCCGUAGUGUAGGAAACCAUACAGAGAGCACCCAAACGGGGGAGCAUAGCUCUCGAACCUACUCCGGCCGCCAAGUUCCGGAUAACGGCUUUCAAGUUCGUCAAGAACAAUGGCACGGCAUAGAAUUCUCGCGCCGCUACCGGGUCAUACUAAUGUUUACAAAUCUGACCCUACUACACUAUGAGAUCUUCUACGACUGGCCCGCAGAUAUGAUGGGCCCUCAUGGUCAGCUUCUACAAGAGGUUGGGAGAGGAUCCCUACUGAGACCGUGA